UGUAGUUCUACAUUCUUGUGACACGUUUAUAUCAAACCCGAAUCCAAGGUUAUUUAUGGAUUUUCGAACAUCCAUCAAGAGUCGUGAUGAUCGGGGAUUCCGAUUGUACGAACAAUCGACCUACAACGAGUAUAAAUCCAUUUCGCCCUCCUUCAGAUAUCUAAAAGCAAAAAUCAUCGUUGCAAAUUCUCCUUCAGGUAGUUUUUUUACAACUACAACACACUCUCACUCACCCAACAAUGGCGGACACCCACGACACCGACAAAAACAUCGAAAUAUGGAAAAUCAAGAAACUCAUCAAAGCACUGGAAGCAGCACGUGGCAAUGGAACAAGCAUGAUCUCUCUCAUCAUGCCACCACGUGACCAAGUCUCUCGCGUCACAAAAAUGCUCGGAGACGAAUUCGGAACAGCUUCCAACAUCAAAAGCCGCGUAAACCGUCAAUCCGUUUUAGGCGCAAUCACCUCCGCCCAACAACGCCUCAAACUCUACAACAAAGUCCCUCCAAACGGCCUCGUUCUCUACACCGGAACCAUCGUCACCGACGACGGAAAAGAAAAAAAAGUCACCAUCGAUUUCGAACCCUUCCGCCCUAUCAACGCUUCCUUAUAUCUCUGCGAUAACAAAUUCCACACCGAAGCGCUCAACGAGCUUCUAGAAUCCGAUGACAAAUUCGGAUUCAUCGUCAUGGAUGGAAACGGAACACUCUUCGGGACUUUAAGCGGGAAUACACGCGAAGUGCUCCACAAAUUCAGCGUCGAUUUACCCAAAAAACACGGGAGAGGAGGUCAAUCGGCGUUGAGAUUCGCUCGAUUACGAAUGGAGAAACGACAUAACUAUGUGAGGAAAACUGCUGAGCUGGCGACGCAGUUUUAUAUAAACCCUUCGACUAGUCAACCGAAUGUUUCGGGUCUGAUACUUGCGGGAUCCGCGGACUUCAAAACGGAGCUUAGUCAAUCGGAUAUGUUUGACCCGCGUCUUCAGGCUAAGAUCUUGAAUGUUGUGGAUGUUUCUUAUGGAGGCGAAAACGGGUUCAAUCAAGCGAUUGAGUUGUCUGCUGAGAUUCUUGCGAAUGUUAAGUUUAUUCAGGAGAAACGGUUGAUUGGGAAGUAUUUUGAGGAGAUUAGUCAGGAUACUGGGAAGUAUGUGUUUGGGGUGGAUGAUACUUUGAAGACACUUGAGAUGGGUGCUGUUGAUAUACUCAUCGUUUGGGAGAAUCUUGAUAUCAACAGGUAUACUCUCAAGAAUACCACAACAGGUGAAGUGAUGAUAAAGCAUUUCAACAAAGAGCAAGAGGGUAAUCAAAAAAACUUCCGUGAUGCAACCACGAACGUCGAAUUAGAAGUUCAAGACAAGAUGUCUUUACUCGAGUGGUUUGCUAAUGAGUAUAGAAAAUUCGGUUGCACGCUUGAAUUUGUGACAAAUAAAUCGCAAGAAGGAUCACAAUUUUGCAGAGGGUUUGGUGGAAUUGGGGGAAUUUUACGCUACCAAUUGGACAUUCGCUCAUUCGAUGAGCUCUCAGAUGAUGAAUUGUACGAAGAUUCUGAAUAGCAAUCAAUUAUCCUCUACUUGCCGGUGCAGGGGAACCCUGUAACGCACCUGCACCGGGCGCGAGUUCUCGCAUGUGUUGACAUUCUUCUUGUUCACGGAACUCGCAUUGAGGUAUGCGUUUUUGGAAAAUGUCUCUUAAUGGUUCUGACUUCUCAGAAGCUGUUGGAGAAAAUUUAUGUAAUGGAAGAGGUGCUGACCAGGAUCCGGAUCCUGAUCCCAUUUGUCUCUGUGGAACCGCUAAAACGUAUUGGAGCUGGAAACGAAUUACGAAGCGUGAGGAUUGGGGAUAAAUCUGCGGAUCACCUUUUCAUGGGUAUCUGAAAGCUGUCUUUAUUUUUACUUAUAAAAAGAAGCUUUGACUUCGUAAUGCCUUUGGGUAUAAUAAUGUCAUCCGAGUGUAUGAUGAUAUGAUAUUCGAUAAUAAAUAAAUUCGCUACAAUGGAUUAUAUAUCGUGUAGACGAUCUAAAAGACAUUCGACUCGGGUUAUUGUAUCUGUAAUCCUAUAUUUUCCAAUUACAUGUGUUGACUUGCAAUCUCAUUGGUUGAUGAUGAUUACAUUUAAAUUCUCAAA